UCUGUUCCCUAGCAACGACGAAUGCUCGAGCGUGGUCAGAGCUCCCUGUGUAGCCAGGUUAGCCCUUAAGCUAGCAGCGGGGGCUGGUAGAUUAAUCAAACAUGGAUGAAGAUGAUGAUGACCUGGACGAACUGCUGGAUGAAGUCGAGAAAAAGUUUUGUCGUAACGUUUCUGUCAAACCAACAGCUCGCGUGACCGGAAAUGAGGCCGGAAAAUGCGAGAAAAAGGACACUGACGGACAGAGAAAACACGGCGCCACAACAAAACCAACACAGCCGAUAAGCAGCAUCUCGGAGGAUAUUGACGCUCUCCUGGAGGAAUUACUGGAGGACGACUGUCCUGAUUCUACUCAACACAAGACGGAACGAUCCUCCAAAGCAGCACACGAGGAGAGGAAACCUUUAUCACAGACUGGAGGGAGAAAGUGCUGUCCUGUUUUUGUUGGCGGGAGCUCGUCGCCAAAUGGCGUCGGAACAGCCACGUCCAAGAGGUCAUGUGACCAGCUGAGGUGUACCUCCUGUGAUUUCCGGGUGUUGAUGUUUGAUGACUGCGAGUGGGACUCUUCCUGUGAUUACCUGUUCUUCAGAAACAACAUGCCGGAGCGUCAGAAACUCCAAGUGAAGCUGAAGAGGAGGAGAGGGUUUCGGUCGUACUCGUGUCAGUGCAGCUGGUUCUCCACGUCAGAGCUGACCGAGCUCAGAGAGCGAGCUCAGCUCAGAUGGGUCUGUGGGAAACACAAGGACUGAAAAACACUCACGAAAAUAAUGCUGCUCUUUAUUUCUAUCUUUCUGUUUCUCGAUGUAUCAGAGGAAUCAGAAAAAAGUCUAUAAUGACUUUUUUUUCUUAAAAUGGAAACUGAAAAUAUUUAUGAGAAACAGAUUUACGACUAAAACAUCGUCAUGUUGUUAUUAACAUUUUUUUAAUCUUCUACUUUGUUUUAAGAUUUUAAGAUGAUUUAGAUGAUUUUUUUCUUAAAGAAGUUGAUUUUUGAUCAGCAUUCAGUAUGUACAUUUUUAAUGAAACCUGAUUGUUAAAGCUCAGUCUGAAUGAUUCUUACUCUGAUUUUCACAUCAGUGUGUUUGACUACAUCCUAAAAAGUAUGACAGCUGUUGUUUUUCACAGUAACUGUCUGUAUUUCACCACCUCACCUCGGUUCAUCCUGUUACUGUUGGUUUUUUAUGAAUUAAAGCCAUUAGAGAGCUGU